AUCUUUCUUUUUGAUUUUGUCAUCGAGAAGUUAAAUAGAGAUGUUGUCAUUUAUGUAUCAAACGGCGCAUAUAGAUAUCGGCUUAUCAACAGUCGCGUCUCCUCGAUCCACAUUAAAAAUCCUCCGUUGGUUUUUAUUCUGUAUUAUCUCUCUGCCGAGAAAAACAUCGCAACGCCGGUCGUAGUUUCCCCCCUUCUGUCUCACUCUCUAAAAUUGGUUGGUCAAAUCCGCCCUUUUCGCUUCUUAUCCAUCAGAAAAUUGUCAAGUUGAUGGCGGAUCUAGAUCUUCCCAACCGUCUCAUUGCCUUCGGAGAAGAACCUUUGGGGGAAAGGGUAAAUGUCUACAAUAAAAUGAAGACACUCUCCAUGAUUUUCAGAACAAAAUUGUGGAAGACAAAGACAUGCGCGAAUAUAUGUUUGUUUGGCUCUAGUUGAUGGGUUUCUGGCACGUUGAAAUGGCUGAGGAUUUAAAUUUUUUCCUUUCUUAUCCUUGGGGCCGUUUGUCUUUCGAAAUGAUGAUGAAGUCUAUCAAAGAGAUAGAUGUCGAGCAAUUGGCUACAACUUGUGCUGCUGUUCAAGGUCUCUUAUACGCUCUACAGCUAGUGAUUCUGCAAGCAGCUCCGACCAUCCAAGAAGAAUCCCCCUCUGAGGAGCCCGAUUGUAGCGAUUCUGAUGGAUAACCGGUGCUCGAAGUAGGACACCGUUCCGCAGUACCAUUGAAGAUUGCUAACGCCAGACGUCUAGAUUGCAAUUGCGAGUUACUAGUCGACCCAAUAAUAAUCCCUGAUCUCGAGUUGGAGCCUAAGGAGGAUUUGACUUGGGAAGAUGAUUCAGAAGUCCCGGCGGUUGAUAACAUUGUCUCCCUCGCGGCAAAGGGGUUUUUAUUCAGUAACGAUAUGUUUACCGGUGGCUAUAUACCAUCUCAGCUUGAGCUGGCGCCGAAGAAACAGAAAAGGGGUGUUAAGGCUAAAAUUAUCCGUGCUCGGAAAGGUCAGAUUGUUCCCACUAGCCAAACUGCGUUAAGUACUGUUGAACAUUCCUCUUCGGGAGCAGCCUCUGGACUAACCGGAACAUGAAACCUUGCAACCCUGUCGCGAUUGCUGGAUUCAAAACUUGUUGCUAUAGAGGACCGUAUCAUCAAAGGUGUUACCACUUAGAUUUUAAAAUAUCCAAAUAUAUUGGCUGAAUCUGCUAGAACUUUGGAUAAAGAAGGAGCUGCCGAUAAGCAAGCAGCUGUGCCUCCUCCAUCUGCCCCUUUAUUGAAUGGUGUAAUGUUAAUGCUCCACAAUCUGCAGUGGAUGCUCAUAACGUUAUUGAUCCUGACAUUGUUGACAGCUCAAUUAUGGAGAUCAUGUCGUGCUAUUCUUCCAUCCCAACCGAGGUCGCCGGGAGUAGGCCGGAGGUGUUGCAGGUCGGGGUAGUACCGAUUGUUGGCGCGGUAGAAGCUGUUGUUGUAGAACGGUGCGCUGCUGUCGCUGAAGGGUCCGGUGAAGGCAGCUUUGAAAAUAGGUUGUCUGGUGACACUAUCAGCCAAGAGGCACUAGAUUAUGGUGGUGUUAAGUCUGAUCAAGUGGCUGGUGCUGCCGCUGAAGACAAUGCUUCCACCGCUAUAGGGAUGGCUGAUGGCAGCACUAAAAAUCGUUUGUCUGGUGAUACUGGCAGCCAAGAGUAUCAAGAUUUUGGCUGAUAAAACCGUUGAAGCAGCGCUCGGUGCCAACAGUUUUGGUGACAGUGACCGUGGGAAGGCAUUUGGCAGUGCAGCAGAUAAGUCACCGGCCGAUGACCCUUCUGCCAAAGUCUCUGACCAGACAGCAUGCCGUAACAUGCAGUCAUCUACCGCUAUUGUGAAGUUUUGUGAGUUUUCCGUUAAGGACAUUGCGCAUGACAAACCCGUUGAAAUUAAUCCUAAUACCGUUGUUAUAAUGGAUCAGACUGGUGUGGGAGUUAUCAAAAGUGUUGCAGUACAAUCCUUACCCUCACCCUUAGCUGAGGGAGCUGAAGAAGAUAGAGUGGUGGAACCUACAGCUGACGCUGUCGUGUUAGGUGUUAUCAGUGAGGCCGGUCCUGUUGAGAUGGAUACCGACAUGGUUACUUAUUAAGUUUAGAGUUACCCUUGUUCAAAUUAACUAUUUCUGCCCGCUAAAAUCAAAGGUGAUCCAAGUGUAUUAAACCAUAUAAGGAGUUAUCUGCUACAUAUUUUAUUAACGUUUAUAUUAUUUUAAAUCCCGCAACGUUCAUUUUAACGAUUAAUUUAUAUAUUGCCGUA